AUGGGCAUCAUGACGGCCGAAAUGGUGCUUGCAUCCCUCGAUUCGACCAUCAAAACCAUCGCAGCAGUAUCGGGAGUCCAUGGUGUCUCCAUCGGGGUCAUGCACUACGGCAAAGUCAUCUACAACAAGAGCUUUGGCUUCAGAGAUGUCGAAGCCCAGAUUCCAGGCGAUGACGAUACCAUUUACUACCUAGGAUCGAUGACUAAAGGCUUCACCGCUGAAGCCAUCGCUAUUUUAGUGGAAGAAGGCAAACUUAGCUGGUCCACGCGAGUGAAAGAUGUAUUGCCAGCGUUUCAACCAAACGACAAGAUAAUUUACGAGCAAGCGACCAUCACGGACCUCCUCAGUCAUCGGACCGGGCUCGAGCGUGCAGACGCAUUUUGGGCACAGUCGAGCAACAAUAUCCUUCUUUCGCGCGACCAAGCUCUGUCGACAAUCAACCAGCUGCGAGCCGUCACGCCGUUUCGCGCCGAGUACCGGUACAAUAACUGGGGCUACGAGAUAGCCGGACGCAUAAUUGAAAAGCUUUCUGGAAAGAAAUUCAGCCAAUUUCUGACCGAGAAGAUAUUCGAACCAUUGGGAAUGACUCGCACCUUCAAUGAUGACUCGGAAUGUCAUGGCGCGGACAAUGUGGCUCAAGCAUACAUGACCUUCGACGACGCGUCGCCGGCCCAUGUUCCUCGACCACACAUGGCGGAAGGGACCCUGAUGAACCCUGCUGGUGGCAUACAGAGCUGCGUCAAGGAUCUCUUGAAGUAUUAUGGUGCUUUGAUGGAAGCUGCAAAAGAUCAAUUUGAUAGUGGCAACACUUCUACUGAGGGUUCACCCUUGAAGCAAGUUGCCCCGCUUCUCAGCAGUAACAUUAGAACAGCCUCAAGACUGAGGGAACAGAGCUACGCUUGUGGCUGGGCACGUGUGCAGUUACCAGGUGUCCUCGCCGAGACCUCACGAAACCAAGCGUUGAUGCCGGCGAUGCCAGUCAUGGGCGAUGAAUUACAACCUCGCCUUGUUUUGUAUCACCAUGGGAUGCUUGUAGGCUUCAACAAUGGCGUCUAUCUGUUUCCUGAGACAGAUACCGCUAUCAAAUUAUUCGACGAUCCAGUGAGUUACGACUUCGUCAAACUAGCCCGAGACACCGCCGAGACUGCACGUAACAUGAUUCCUCAGAUCAAAGCCCAACUCGAGAGGGAGCGUGGUAGCGUGGCAGCUCCCAAGUCCCUUGACAAGUAUGUGGGCAAAUACUACAACAAGGUGCAAACGUUCUAUAUGCACAUUACGGAAAAGCACGGCGUCCUGUGGAUGAAUUUACAAGGCAAUAAAGAUGAGAAUUACCAACUCCAUCACUACAAUGGCGACGAGUUCACAUGGCUCAUGACAAGGAAUGAGCAGGUCAAGCGGGGUCGGAAUCCCAUCGGGUAUGCGGAGUAUUGGAAAAUUCGCUUCGGCUCUGGGAACAAGGACGAUAUUUCAAAGCUCUUCUGGGUCAUCGAGAAAGAAUUGCCCGGUGAAGGCAUGGAGCUAACGAAAGAGCAAGGCGAGGAACAUCAUUCUGAGCUUUGA